AUGGAGGCCCAGGUCAUCCAUGCUGUGAAAAUCGCCUUUGAACCAAAAGAUAUCCCAUUUUGCAUUGUUAAUGAAGCUGCAUUGAAAUACUACAAUGUCCCUUGUGUGCCCAAUUCACUGGAUAUCUGUGUUCCCGAGAAUAGCCUUUCCGAUGCAGGAUCCCAGCUCGCUUCGUACAAGGAUAUUUUUCGACUACAUUCGUGGCUGGCGCAGAAUCAUGACAAAAUCGCCGCCGACUGUCGAAAGCGCUACCUACGGUUUCAAGUAUUCAUGGAAGGCCGAUUCCUUGAUAUGAUAGUAUUUUCAGACACGUUCUGUCAUCUUGACCCAAUUCAAGAUAAUAUCGUCCGACUUAAGCCAAAUCCCAAAGAUCAGAUCAGAUUCAGCCGACACUUUGACUAUUCAAUAGAUCCCAAUGUUCUUUCGACUAUUCCUGUACCACGCCUGGCAGCAUUCGUGCAAGGAUCAGCUCGGAAUUAUCUUGAAUUACGAGAAGAUGCCAUGGCUGCUUGUGUGGAAAAAUUGGUUGAUGGUAUGAAUUUGGAUGAGUCCUGGUGUGUUGACCACCUUGAUACCCGUCAAGACAAAGAAUUACAAUAUAUUUUGGCGAUUGUUGCCACAAAGGCUGCUCGGGCCUCUGAGCUUGGCCCAAAUAGAAUUACCUGCAUUGUUGAGGAAGAGGAAGAAGCAGAGGCUGUACGCAUGAUACCAGGCUAUAAUGACAUAUUUUGCAAGCAAGACCAGCCUCCUCCAUCAAAGGACAGUAGGGAAAAUUUGCCCAGUCCUGUUCAGAGAAUAUUUACUUCAAUUCAGUCAACGUUCCUCUUCCUCAUAAAAAACUUUCGAUCAGCAAUUUUUGGCCAGACUGCCUUGCACCCAGUAAACUUUCAAUUUAUAUCUGAUAUCCACUUGGAGCUCAGCCAGAAUUAUUCAACCUUUGCUGUUGAAAAGGCGGCGCCAUACUUGAUUCUGGCCGGUGACAUUGGGGCAUUACGGGACUAUGAAAAGUAUGUCACAUUUCUAGCAGCGCAGUGUGCUCAGUUUGACCGCGUUUUCUUGGUUCUCGGUAACCAUGAAUUCUAUGGCAUUUCCCACGAAGAGGGUCUCAAAGCCGCGAAGAAGCUAGAAUCAGAGCCGCAGCUACUUGGAAAGCUCUACCUCCUCAAUAGAGGCCGCGUUGACAUCAACCGAAGAGUAACCAUUCUGGGAUGCACUCUAUGGUCUUCAAUUCCAGAGGAAUCUCAGCUCUGGGUUAGGAUGAAGCUUGCUGAUUUCACUGUAAUAAAUGAUUGGUCUGUCGAGAAAUAUAAUGCUGCACAUAUUGAGGAUGUGCAGUGGCUGAAGCAGCAGCUUCACGACAUUUCUCUUGAAGAUGAGAAACGUGACGUUAUUGUUGUCACCCAUCAUGCACCUACUGUUGAAAAGACUUCUGACCCCAAAUCUAAACUAAACCCGUGGUCAUGCGCAUUUAGCACAAAUCUGAUUGAAGGCCAAGUCAAAUCCUGGCCUGGUUCUAAGAACAUUCGCCGUUGGAUAUUUGGGCACACGCACUGGAAUGCUGAAUUUAAACGGAAAGGAAUAAUCAUAAGCAGCAACCAGUUAGGCUAUUCUGCGAAUGAACGUCGAAGACCUCUAAAACGGGGACUCUUCGACUUUAAGCGGCCUCAAGUUCAACAGAAGUUUGUUGUAACGAAGGCUAUGAAUGUGUAA